AUGAGUUUACAGAAAACCAUAACGUUGGAGAAUUUUGUGAAUGCAUGCAGAAAAUUCUGUGAUAUAUCUGAUAGAAUUAAUGAUGGCUGGAAAUUAAUAGAAAAUCAAAGUGAUAAACACAAGUGCUACAUCAAAAAGUGUACCUUUGUACAUCAAGUUUUGCACGGCAAUAAAUUUUUAUUGAAAACUGAGUAUGUCAUAUUUUUUAAUCUCAGCUAUGGAGUUCCAUCAUUUAGUUUUAAUAUUUGGAAUUCUUCUGGGGUUCUGUUAACUUUGGAUGAAAUCAGGCAGAUGUCUUUAAUAAGUAUAAAUAAAGAAGAUUUUUAUUCAGUUAUAACUCAACAAGAACACCCCGUUUUACAGCGACCAUAUUUUAUAAUGCAUCCAUGCCAUACAGAGGCACUAUUGGGCGAGUUCAAAGAUGUAUCCAAGAAUAUAAUAGUUACCUUCCUGGGAUUAAUUAUGCCGUUACUGAAACUGGACUUGCCUUUAGCUUAUGGCCUGUAA